AUGCCCAAACGCAAGACGUCCGACGCGGAUGGCAAGCCGCAGAAUGCCCAGAUCAACAAGCGAAGCCGGUCGGAUCUACGCGAACCGCAUCCCAAUGCAAAGCAGACCGAGGAUUUCGGAAUCGUCCUGCGCGAAUUCUACCCUCCGGAAAUGAGCAAUGAGCGAUGCCAGGCCUACAACGACGGAAUCCUCGAAAGACCCAUCGAACUGCUGGAGGCGGCGUGUCGUGACACCUCGGACAAGCGUCGCGCGAUCGGCCCGGGGAAAACCGUGGUGCAUUGGUUCAAGAGUGACUUGCGUCUCCAUGACAAUCGUGCGCUUCAUGCGGCGUCCCAGCUGGCGCGCGAUCACCAGAUCCCACUGAUCGGUCUCUACAUCCUGUCUCCGGAGGACUGGGCUGCACACUUGACCAGUCCGGCACGAGUCGACUUCACCCUGCGCACGCUGAAGCGGCUGCAGACGGAUCUGGCAGAGCUCGAUAUACCUCUCUAUAUGGAGACCCAGGAGAAGCGGAAAGCCAUUCCGGGUCGGAUCGUGGAAUUGUGCCAGCAAUGGGAGGCCAAGCACAUAUAUGCCAACAUCGAGUAUGAGGUGGAUGAAUUACGACGGGAGGCGAAACUCGUUCGUCUCUGUGCUGCCAAGGAGAUUGACCUUGCUCUUUCCCAUGACACCUGCGUUGUGACCCCAGGUGCCCUGAGCAGCCAGCAGAACAAACAGUAUGCAGUCUAUACCCCGUGGUUUCGUUCCUGGCUCGCCUUUCUCAAAGAGAACCCAGAUUAUCUUGAAUUGUCUGAGGAGCCCGGAUCCAACCCGGGCGAUGCGCGGAAGAAGCUAUCAGGGCUUUUUGACUGCAAGAUCCCGACUGCCCCUAGCAACAAGCAAUUGUCAGAGGAGGAAAAGAAACGAUUCGAAAUUAUGUAUCCGGCGGGCGAGCACGAGGCCUCUCAACGACUGGACAAGUUCCUAGAGGAGAAAGGUCGCGAGUACGACAAGAUGCGCAGCAUAGUGUCGGGAAAGCAUACUUCCAUCCUAAGUCCGUAUUUUGCGUCGGGGGCCCUGAGUGCCCGCACCGCUGUGGUGACAGCGAAGAGAGCGAAUCGAAACUUCCUGGAUCGGGAUAACAGUGGCUACAUCUCCUGGAUUAGUGAGGUGGCCUGGCGCGAUUUUUACAAGCAUGUGCUGGUGAACUGGCCGUUUAUUUGUAUGAACAAGUGCUUCAAACCGGACCAUACCAAUAUUGAAUGGGAGUACAACUUGGAUCAGUUCCAGGCCUGGUGUGAUGGCAAAACUGGAUUUCCCAUUGUCGAUGCGGCGAUGCGCCAGCUCAAGCAUUCAGCCUGGAUGCACAACCGCACACGCAUGGUGGUCUCGUCCUUCUUGACCAAGGAUCUGCUGCUUGACUGGCGUCGAGGUGAGCGUUAUUUCAUGGAACAUCUUAUCGACGGGGACUUUGCCUCCAACCAUGGUGGCUGGGGUUUUGGAUCCAGCACUGGCGUGGACCCGCAGCCCUAUUUCCGUGUCUUCAAUCCCCUACGACAGAGUGAGCGAUUUGAUCCAGACGGUGAGUAUAUCCGGCAUUGGGUGCCCGAGCUGCGCGAGAUCAAGGACAAGGCUAUCCAUGAGCCCUAUAAGCGGGGAGCCGGUUCGAUCGCGAAGAAGAACGGAUACCCCGAGCCGAUCGUCGAGCACUCGGAAAUGCGGAACCAAGCACUAGAGCGUUUUAAGCGAGCUUUACAGCGGUGA